AUGGCUGCAGUCACACAGACGAUUGCAAUCAUUGACAAGUCGAACAAGGUUGUCAGUACAACCAAACAACUGAAAAAUGUCUUCAAGGAAGCCAAGAUGGCUUACUUGGAGCGGAAGGCCGAGAUAGCAGCAGAACGAAGGGCGAGAGAAGAAAAAGAACUGAGGAAAGCAAUGAAGAACGUGACAAUAGCAGAAGAUACCAGGUCAAAUGCGUCCCGAAGGUCGCACAGACACCACAGUCACAGAACCGAGAUUGAUAAUGGUCGACACCGACCUUCAGAGAGCCAACACCACUACUCACCAGAAUUCGUGUGCACGCCGGCUCCUCAUGCAGGCUCCGAGGCCACCGGUCCCAGGUCGCCAGAAGAAGUCUUCCCCAGGCACGUCGGCCUUGCAGAAUUCAAUCAAGAACUCUACGGUUACCAUCACCCACCCCCAGAAUACACACAUGCCCCGCAUGGAGCCAGCGGACUUGUUCGCAGGACGACCGAUCUACCGCUCGAUACUCAUCGGUCAAAUAGACCUCCACCUGUGCGUUCUCACUCGGUUUCCGACGUUGACAUGGACCUUGCAUAUGGCGAAUUCCAUCCGGAGUCACUUAUGCUGGACCCCAAGGUGGAGCAAAAGUUACAGAAGCAAGAAAUGUCCAGCCUGGUCACUAAGUGCAAGAUGCUGAUGGACGAGGCCAAUUGCGCACAGCACAGUGUCCGGGCCACUAUCACACAUCUGCAGACAAAUCCGGACUCCAUGGCAGCUGUUGCCUUGACGUUGGCGGAGAUUAGCAACUUGGCGGGCAAGAUGGCACCUGGUGCGCUUGCAGCAUUCAAAGCCGGUGCUCCCUCGGUUUUCGCCAUGCUCGCAGCUCCCGAGUUUCUUAUUGCUGUGGGUGUGGGUGUUGGGAUCACUGUUGUGAUGUUCGGAGGCUACAAGAUCAUCAAGAAGAUCCGAGCCCGGGUCAGUGACAAAGAGGAAGACGCAAUGGAUGAGAUGCUGGACGUCAAUGAACUUGACCGGAUUGAACACUGGAGACGUGGUAUCCCGGAUACCGAGACGGCGAGUGUUGCUACAAGCGUCGAAGGUGAAUUCAUCACUCCGUUGGCUGCGAGAAGUAUGGGUCACCUGCCUCUUCCCCGGGAGCAGAGCCGGGAAAGACCGAAGGAGCCGAGAAAGGAAUCGAAGAAAAAGAGACACCACCGGAGAGUCGAAGAUGACCCUGACCGCACGGUGGUGGGGAGCGAGAACUCAUCGAAAUCGCGGAGAAGCAAAGGCAGCAGCAGAUCGGAGAAGAGAGAAAAGGCACUUGUCAAGACCAAGAAACCUAGUACGCUGAGGAGAAUGUUCCUCAGCAGGGACACAGAUAUCUCUUCCAGACGAUGA